AUGCUCGUGGAGGCGGGCGCAGGCAACCGGAUGGGCUUCCGUCCCAUGCAGCCGGAGGAGACGCGGAAUCCCACGGGGUCGCCCUCCACCGCGGCGCUGGGUGACUCCUUUGCGACCGGCUACACGCUGUUUCAACAGAGCGCGGCCGCGGACACCGCGAGCUGCCACAGUCGCUGGAGCAACAACGAGGGCGGCAGCCCCUCCACCUUCCCGUCCCGCUCCUCCCGCCGGACAGAGGGCCUGCUCACGAGCAGCUACAACAGCUCGGCGGAGUUGAGCGCGACGAGGGGGGCGCCGCUGGUGUUCCCGCCCGGCGAAACCCGGAGCCUCGAGCAGGCGCUUCCGCCCCCGUCGGACCGGUACACCGGCUCCGUGGAGGAGGCGCGGUACAACCCGAACGCGGCCAGCGGAAGCGGACCCGGCGGCAGCGUCUACUUUAUGAACACGCCCCUGCAGCCGUGGAAGUCGUCGGGCGGCGGGGUCUACUCCAUGACUGGCGGCGCGACAACGGAGUUCAACCGGGGCGGCCAGACAACCGGCGCGUCCUCGUUUCUCGGCUGCGGCGACGCCCCCACGCCCUCCGUCGUGCCGCGUGCUGGGGCGGCAAGCAUCAGCGUUGGGGCCGCCGGGACCGCCACGCUGGGCCAGCGAAGCCCGCUGGAGGCGCAGCAGCAGCGGUCCUGGUCGACGGUCGAGCCCCCGCGCGCGGUGACCUCCUCCUCGCUCUACUUUUUGACCUUCGACGGGGAACGGCACCUGAAGGAAAAGACGCUGCGGUUCAAGAUGCUGCCCUCGCCCGUGCCAUUCGAGACUUUCUUUGCGGAAACCCACUCCAGGACCUCCCCGGAGUGCGUGAGCCAGUACCAGUCAACGAUGCUGCGGUGGUACAAGCGCAUCGUCCCGGCGCAGGAGAACACGCGCGCCCGCGUCCGCCAGCGGUGUCCCUCACCGCCCAAAAGCCUCCUGCGCGAGGCCGCGCUCCCCGAUGCGGCGGAGCUGCAAUCGUGGGCAGAGCAGUGCUGCCGGUGGUGGGAUGAGACGUCGCGAAAGCGGACGCGCCGAGGGCACCGGGGAGGAAAGACGCUGGGUAGCGCGGGGAGCACCCCGAUGCCCGCGGCCCAGCAGCAGCGGGCGAACGAGCCUGCUCGUCUUGCCGGGGAAAACAAGCCGCAGACCAUCGGGACCCCACUUCUCUUACCCUCCGCCGCAGAUGUCUCCGAGCGCGCCCCGUCCGACGACACCGACCACGCAUGGAUGAAGUGGGUCGAAAACAAGUUGGAGGAGACGUUUUUGAUGGAGGAGUAG